UAACGUCACUUUAUCUUCUCAGUUUAAUAUAUAAGGUAAAGUGUGCUGUCUGGCAUUAACUGAACUUACAAGUUACUUCGACAGUAAAGAAGUGCCAGGAAUAAACGCAAUUUUACACAAUUUCAUCCAAACUUUUUUCAACGAAAUUGAAAAAUAAAGGACACUAUUCAAAAUGCAUGCCAUUUUUCUUUUCACCAUUUUGCUCGUCGCAGCCAUCGCUGCUGUGCCGCCUUGUGAUAAACAUUUAUCACAUAAUAUCAAGGUAACCGAAGACCAAGAUGUUUGGGGGUCCGUUAUCACCACUAUUGUUACUAAUUACUUCAACAACCUCGCCACUAAUGGAUACGAUCCGUUCGAGCCAGUGGGUCCGCAGCAUCUUGAAGGCGGUCUUCCUGAUGGCUCAUUUUAUUAUGGCGGUGACUUUGAAUCCAUUCGUGUUGAGGGCCUUAGCAACGUCGUCAUCAACAGUAUGAGCACCCCCUUGAUUCCGACUUACGUAGACUUUGAUUUAACUCUUCCACAAGUACAGGUCUGGGCUGAAUCUGCUACUACUUCUAUUAAAUUUGCGGAUUACAACCUCGCCGCAGAUGGUAGUGGAUGGAUAUCUGUGACGGACGUGAAUGUUGCUGGUCGCGCUAACAUUCAGGUCGGAGUUCCGAUCCAGACAAAUGGCAUCAGCGCAGUCGUCAACGUCGGCGACAUUCAGGCUAAUGUACAGGGGAACCUCGGCGGUCUGAACGGGGCGAUAGACUUGAACGGUUUCCUCAACAACGAUGCAUUAACGUUCCUCCAAAACAACAAUGCUGAAGUAAACCGUAUUAGUGGCGAAUGGUUCAAGCAAAUUAUAGCUUCAGCUUAAUGUCCCUUCUUAGCAAACGGCCUGGAGCAAUUCGCUCCGUACUUAGCGUCGCGCGAACUAGAGGAUGGAACCUGCAAAGAUUUCAGAAAACAUCUUCGAAAAUCAGUUAUAGGUUUUUUUGAAAAUUUUAAAUUAUCAAUAUAUUCCUUAUGAAAUUGUCUAUUUUAUAGUGUUGGUUGCAAAUUUAAAUUAUGUAUACUUUAGACGUAAAUGCACGGAAUCAAUUUUAGUGUCAUUUUCAUUAUGAAAUUAACGAAACAAUAUCCACAUUAUAUACAUUUGAAACAAUCAAAGUAAAGAUAACAUAAUAUUGCAAAUAUAUGACGUCAAUUUAAUGUUUCUAUUGUAUUAUAAAUUUUAAAUAAAUUACUCCUAAAAAUUUGCUUGAGAGAGGGUCAUAAUGAAUUUCCAUACCUUUGUGGACAUAUGUUUAAAUGUAGAUUAGUUAGUUAUUAAAUGGUGAGAACUAA